GACUAAAGUAGUGGGCGUGGCUUGUAAAACUAACACGGGGAAAGACGGUAAAAACAUGCAAUAUUAAAGGUGGAUAAAAAUAAGCUUUCCAUCCAAAUCUGGUGAAAGGUAAUGUUGGAAGUGCGUGCACAUGAAAGUGUGCUAUUCGAGGAUAUAGUGAAUCCAGAGAAAUAUUUCAAAAGAUAAACUGAACAAGUGAUGAAUAUCAACGUGUCUGCUCGGAAAACCAACGCAAUCUGCAAACUGUUCCACCCUCAUGUAGCCCGGCGUUGGAGCUCGGCUCACGCUCUCUCUCUUUGUAACCCGCGCCUUGGUUCAUUGACAUUAUUGGCCCUCUUCCAUCAACCAAAAGUCAGAUCUAUCAUCGACAAACGAAAUGUUCUAGGACAAACAAAACAAGCAACACGAGAACUCGGGCAAUGUCCACAUUAUAUUUUUACAUCCAAUCGUCAUAAUCUUAGUUCAUUUGCAAGUAGAUCCAGUUCUACCACUGUCAAAAACACAAUGAGUUUGAAGCAAGUGGUAUCACUUCUUGAAGAAUUUGCUCCCACAAGCCUGGCUGGAAGUUGGGACAAUGUUGGACUACUUGUAGAGCCUACCUCCCCACACAGUGUCUCCACCUUAUGCCUGACCAAUGAUCUGACAGAGGAAGUAUUGGAUGAAGCUAUUGAGAAACAGACUGAUCUUAUCCUCUCCUACCAUCCACCAAUAUUUGUUCCUCUCAAACGAUUGACGCAGAGGAAUGUGAAGGAGAGAAUAGUUGUAAAAGCUAUUGAAAAGAGAAUUGCUAUCUAUUCACCACAUACAUCUUGUGAUGCUAUUGAAGGAGGGGUCAAUGAUUGGCUUGUCGAGGGACUUGGAGAUACUAGAUCUAACAGACCACUGGAGCCAUGUUUAGAGAAAGGAGAUGAUUACAGCAUAUCUGUGAUAGCAUCUCAAUCUGAUGUAGGAUUUAUCUUACAACAAAUUGUAGAAACCCAUAAUGUGACAUGUAAAGCCACAAUUAACAGUGAUUACCAGAUUACUUGUUCCUGUGUGAAAUCAGAUCUGAGUAGUGUGAUAUCAUUGAUGAAAAGCACUGAUGAUGUUGACCAAAGUAGCUUGAAUAUCACACAACUAGCCAAGGCACCAAUGACAAAUACAGGCAUUGGACGUAUGGCUACCCUCCAGACUCCUACUCCUGUAUCAACAAUGCUGAAUAGGAUCAAGACCCACCUUACGCUGGACCAUAUCCAGGUAGCGCUUGGUCAAGGAAAAACAUUAGAAUCAGAAGUAUCUACCGUGGGCAUCUGUGCUGGAUCAGGUGCUAGUGUUCUUAAAGGGGUGAGAGCAGACAUGUUUCUGACAGGAGAGAUGUCACACCAUGAUAUCCUUGCAGCAACAGCAGAAGGAACAUCAGUCGUUAUCUGUAACCAUAGCAACACAGAAAGAGGCUACCUUCAUGUGCUACAGGGAAAACUGACCAGCUUGUUUGAGAACACAAUCAAAGUGUUUGUGUCAGAGAAAGACAAAGAUCCACUUCAGGUUGUAUAAUCUUCGUUAAAACCUGUUCAUGAUUAAAACACCACAGGGAGGCAAGAAUGUGUUCUUUAUGAGGAGGUGAUUUUCAUAAAUGGAAACCCAAAUUGUUGUCUUUUGAGACAUGUCUUUCUUUAAAGUUCAUCAAAGUACUUAUUGUAGGAGGUAAGGUCAUCCUGUAUUUUUGUUUUCUUUGUUAUUUUGUCUAUAAAUUCUAUAAUUCAAUACUGGUUUUCCUGUAUUCCCUUUUCUCGUUCUGUUGGCUAUGCUUGUAAGAUGAGUUUGAUAAAAAACAGCAAUCGCAGUUUUUGGAUGCUCUAAAAUGAGACUUAUUCCAAGAGGAGCAAAACCUAGACUUUAAGAAGCUUUUUGCUUAAUACCAUAUUCUUCAUUUUGAGCCAAGUAAAUGCUUGCCCUCAUCGUAGAGUUAUUAGGAGUUAUUCAGAUUUUAUUAUGGUAACUCUAUGAUCAAUCAGUAAAUAUUCUUAACAACAAAUCAAAAUCAAUGGUCCAAUUAUAGUAACCAUUAGAUGGUAUAAUUGCCGUGAUAAUGUUUAUGUUGAAUGAAAACCUGGUUGUGAAGUAAGUUGAAGUUGCAGAAAAAUUACAUCUACCUGAAACUGAGUAAAAUACCUGAUGACCUUCUAAAAUAUGUUUAUUUUUAGACGAUAAUUUUACUCAAAGUCAGUUUUGGAUUAAGUCAUCUAUGCUGCCUAAUCUUGAUAUGAAGUUUAAAGGAAGAAUCCACCCUGAAAUAAUUUAUUUGAACAGAUGAAGAAAUAGAGGUUCCCUUUAUUUUUUUUAUUAAAUGUGAUGAAUAUAGAUAGAAACUCUUCACUUAAUAAUAAUAGUAGCUGGAUAACCUGGAUUUAUUAAGCACUUUUUGCCUGAGGAUACACAUUGCUGCUAUUAUUACCCCGGCUUUAGCUAUGCUGCAAUAUAGGCACUUGAAGCAUUCAAGGAAUUUCUUCCUUCUGGGUACCCAUUCACCUCACCUGGGUGGAGUGCAGCACAAUGUGGGUAAAUUUCUUGCUGAAGGAAAAUGCGCCAUUGCUGGGAAUCUAACCCAUGUCUCUCAGAUUGAAAGACGAUAGACUGGACCACGACACCCCCACAUAAUGCUCCAUCAGUAUGUACAUGUAUAUCUACUUGUCUUGUGCAGUAUUAAUGAAAAUAAUAAAUAUUUGACUUUU